UCACACGCGGAGCUACGGCGUCAGGGAGUCAAGUUAAGUCAAGUCAGUUUGAAGGAAAGCGAGAGUCUACAGAGAGCCGAGGGUGCUUCUUUGUUACGGUUCUGCUUUUGUUCUGUUGUUAUAUACAGAGGACAGCGCGCUUCGGUCUCACUUUACGUGUCUGCUGCAGAUCCUUCUGCUCUCUAAAGUAGGUCUGAUACCUCUCAGGUGACUUAACCUACAGGACUUUCUGGUCUUCAGGCAGAGCAGAGUAAGGCUUUUUUGGAUCCCUGCUCCCAUAGCAGGGCCCUGCAGACCAGCACUGCCAGUCCAAGCCUCCUAUACCUGACCCUUCUCUUCGGGCAUCCACUGUCUGUUUUGAGCAGUGUUAGUGGCAGGCCUUCCAUAAGGCAAGCUGGAAGUCGGGGAUCUGGAGGACAGCCGGCGUGUAGCCUUCCUUCUGAGGCACAGGGGCUGCACGGCUGGCAUGAGCCCUCGGAAGCCCAAGGGGGCCGAUUCUGCAGCAUGUGUGGGCAGCAGAGACCACAGCCCUGACUGCCCCACGCAAAACGGGGACAUGGUGACAGAGCCUGAGCAACAGAGAGACAUGGAAGAAGAUGAUGAUGAGGAGGAGGAGGAGGAGGAGGAGGAGGAGGAAGAGGAGGAAGAGGAACAGAAAAGCUCUGAUGAAGGUUUCAUGGGGAUGACGCCGCUGCUGCAGGCCCACCACGCCAUGGAGAAGAUGGAGGAGUUUGUGCACAAGGUAUGGGAGGGCCGGUGGCGUGUAAUCCCCCACGAUGUCCUUCCUGACUGGCUGAAGGACAACGACUUCCUGCUGCAUGGCCACCGGCCUCCAAUGCCCUCCUUCAGGGCCUGUUUCAAGAGCAUAUUCAGGAUCCACACGGAGACGGGCAACAUCUGGACUCACCUUCUGGGCUGCCUGUUUUUCCUCUGCCUGGGCAUCGUCUACAUGUUCCGGCCCAAUAUGUCCUUUGUGGCACCCUUCCAGGAGAAGAUUGUCAUCGGUGCAUUCUUCCUAGGGGCCAUCCUCUGCCUGUCUUUCUCAUGGCUCUUCCACACAGUUUACUGCCACUCGGAGGGGGUGUCCCGCGUGUUCUCAAAGCUGGACUACUCAGGCAUCGCCUUCCUCAUUAUGGGCUCCUUCGUGCCCUGGCUCUAUUACUCCUUCUACUGCUCCCCGCAGCCCUGCUUCAUCUACCUGAUCGUGGUGUGCGUUCUGGGCCUGGCCGCCAUCACGGUGUCACAGUGCGAUUUCUUUGCCACGCCGCAGUACCGCGGCGUCCGAGCCGGGGUGUUCGUGGGCCUGGGCUUGAGCGGAGUUGUCCCAACGCUGCACUUCGUCAUCACUGAGGGCUUCCUGCGAGCUACCACCAUGGGCCAGAUGGGCUGGCUGUUCCUCAUGGCCACACUCUACAUCACCGGCGCCUGCCUCUAUGCUCUACGUAUCCCGGAGAGGUUUUUCCCUGGCAAAUGUGACAUCUGGUUUCACUCCCACCAGUUAUUCCACAUCCUGGUGGUGGCGGGGGCCUUCGUCCACUUUCAUGGCGUGUCCAACCUGCAGGAGUUCCGUUACACAGCCGGCGCUGGCUGCACAGAGGAGGGAGCUCUGUGAGAAGCUGUUGCCUGUGGUACUGACGUUCACCACCAGAGGGAGACGGCUAAGCAGCCAGCCACCGGGUCUUCAUCCACAGAGGAUGAGAAGAAGACUUUUUGAAGACGAGGUUUCUUCUCUUUGGGAAAACUACCUAAGUCUUGUUUUUCUUUUUCUAAGUAAAUAAACUGCACCAACCAGAAAUGUUAAAGAAUUGUAUGUAUAGCUAAUUGAAAUAGUUGCUGAAUCCUUAUCAAUAUUCUGAAAGCAAGACUAUUUUACCAAUUGCCAUAUUAACAUAUGGGAAGAAACUAAAGAGCAUUUACAAAGCAAAAAAAAACAAAAACAACAAAAGAAAUUCUUGACUUAUGUGUGAAGAUUUUUCUUCUUUUCCUCUCUUCUGCAUUUGAGGAGGGUAGCUGCUUUUAAAUAGGUUUUGUAAAUAAGAUUUCUAACUUUUGGGUUAUAUAGAUUUGUAUUAUAUAUAUUUAAAGACAAAAAAAAAAUAAUCUAUGAAAAUGGGAAGAUUUGAAAUGUCAGAUAUAAAAUGAAGGUAAAACAAAACCGACAAACAUAUGCAUAAACCAGAUUUAUUAUUAUUAUUUUUUUUUUGGCAAUUGAGUUGUGUUGAAAUGCCCCACACGGUGUUGGGUUUGGCUUUGCGUAACAAGGUGAGAUUUCCUGGGGGUGGAUGAGGGUUUGGGGGGUGGGCGGAAAAGAGCCAGUUUGACCAGUGUUGCAGGUGUCAGAUCCUUGGGGGGGGGUAUGCGCAGGAUGCCUGUGGAAUGUCUUGUAUUCACAGUAUCUCCCCUCGAGGGGAGAGGCAGCUAGCCAUGACAUAAGCAGCUCAUACUCGCAAGACCACAAGAUGCCAUAAUAAAGGAGCCGUUUCCACUCGAUCUCCUGUGAUCAUAACAGCCUUGUCGUAUUCGCUGAGCUUCCUGCUUCCCUUUAUCCUGGGGGAAACGUGUGACGGCUGAAUUUGUCCAGACGUAAAGAGGAUGAGCGCCCCCCCCCCCCCUUUUGGCCAAGGAGGGUGUCCCCCUGAAACUGCUGCUUCGGAAGUCAACUGGUGCAGUGUAAGCUGGGAUGUUCUGACUGCAGAGGCCGUAGCUCCCCUGCACCCCUCUGUCCGUCUCCCCCAGUGGGCAUCCUAUACCCAAAGCGUCUGGUGCUGAAGGGUUAAAUGUAAAAACCUAGUCUGUGAGUAACCAUUUGACAGAAGUGGUUCUCUGAGGAGUUUCUGGGUCUAACCCAGACUGUGUGACAUUUAGGUCGGCUUGAACCAGAUCAACAUGUGGUGUGGUUGUAACGUGUGUGUGUGUGUGUGUGUGUGUGUUUUUUAUUGUUUUGUCUUUUUUUGUGUUCUCCAUAUAUUUGGUUUUAUACAAAGAGUGGAUUAUAAUUAAGCCUACAUUGGUGGGGAUGUUUUAGUUCAGCCCAGCUGAGCUAGUGCUUCUGGGGGGUGUAGUGGGCUGAGAACUCCAGGCAUGUCUCCCUAUGGGACUUGGGUGUAGCAUGCAUAUGUGGCAGGCUGACUUGCCCUCUGUAUAUUCAGCGACACAGAGGUUGUCCCUGUUCUGUCGUGCGUUUAGGAAAGUGCAGGCAGCGAUGAUCUGCGGGCUGUCAUCCCGGAACCUUUUUCCCCUUCAUUAAAGAAAUGGGAGCCUUAGCAGGAAUGCAGAAUCCCCUUAGCCUGGCCUGCAGACCACUGAAUGGUGCGUCCUGAGCAGCAGGUUGGACCAGCCUGCCCCUCACCAUUGAAACCCUGGAGGAAAGCUUGUUAUGUGCUGGAAUCAGAAGUCUGGGGUCCCUUUCCCCCUAGAUGAAGGAUUCUUUUUUGGUCUGUUUUAGCACCAAGAGUUCUGCGCGUGUGAACCCGUGUCGUCUCUGGGAGAGAAGGCUGCCGUCAGAGUGUCACCAUGCAUUUGACUUCAGUUGGAUGCAGGGUUCUCCUGGUUUCUGUUUUGUUUUUAAUCGUUUUGUGUUGGGUUUUGGGGUUUUCUACUUUUUAAUCUUCCAGAGUUGAGGCCUUUUUUCCCUCCGAUGUGGAAUUUUGAGUUGGCAAAUGCACCAGAAUCGGCCGCUGUCUUAUUUAUUUAAUUUUCUUUUUUUUUCCUGUUUGGAAGUGCAUAUUGUUUGUUUGUUUAAGCACACAUGGUUCUUAAGUGUGUGAUUGCAAUAUGAACUUUUUAUCUGCUGUACCGUUCUAAUAAAAGUUUUUGAAUCUGUAAA